AGGCGCAGUGAAGGGGGUAAAUCACCUCAAUAGCUCUCAGGCUAUGGGAAAAGCGCAGGAGUACUGGGAAGAGCCCAGGAGCCCAGAGGGGUGUAAUCCUCAUCACUGAAGGAACAACACAGGAAAUGUGUGUAAUGCUAACAGCUGAGAGAAACAUGCUUCAUAUCAGCAGCAAUUAAAACUGAUGGGCAGCAUCAUUGGAACCAUGGGGUGCAGCAGUUCUGUAGCUGACAGAAAGUCAGAGAAAGUCAUUAGAGCUGCUAUCCUCAUCCAGAAUUGGUACCGCUUUACAAUGGCCCGGCUAGAAAUGAGGCGCCGCUAUUCUCUGAGUAUCUUUCAGUCUAUUGAAUAUGCUGAUGAGCAAGAUCAACUACAGCUAUCCAACUUUUUUACGUUCAUGCUGGAUCACUGUACUCAUCCUGAUUCAGUUUCUCACAUUUUCACCAGCCCUAGUGUUUCUCAGGUGGUGGAUGAAGGCUUAUGUUUAACAGAAUUUGAAAAGAAGAUUGAUGUUCCAGACUCCUAUUAUGGACCACGACUCUCAUUCCCCCUUACUGUUGAAGAUGCCAAUGCUCUUCUUCAUGCUUUCAGGAAUGAACAGCUGCUUCAUGCCCGCUAUGUACUGCAGCUACUAUGUGAAACUAGGAGAGUUCUCAAGGAGAUGCCAAAUAUCACCCAUCUUUCAACUUCCUACUCCAAGGAGAUAACUGUCUGUGGAGAUUUGCAUGGAAACCUGGAUGAUCUUUUGCUGAUAUUCUAUAAGAAUGGUCUGCCUUCAGAACAAAACCGUUAUGUCUUUAACGGUGAUUUUGUUGACAGAGGGAAAAAUUCUAUGGAAAUACUUAUAAUCCUGUUUGCAUUUCUUCUUAUCUACCCCAAUGAUUUACACUUGAAUAGAGGAAACCAUGAAGACUACAUCAUGAACCUGAGAUAUGGCUUCACAAAAGAAGUUUCGAAGAAGUACAAGGACCAUGGGAAACAGAUUUUGUGUCUUCUGCGAGACGUCUUUAGCUGGCUUCCCCUCGCCACUAUAAUUGAUAGCAAAGUUCUUAUCCUACACGGAGGGAUUUCAGACACCACAGAUUUGGAUUUCCUGAAUGCACUUGAGAGAAAUAAGCUGAAAUCUUUGAUGCGGCCACCGAAGUCAGUGAGCAACAGACAGGACCAAGUGAAGGAGAGAAUUCCCACAACCAGACCCAGUAAACACAUUGCCAACCAGAAUGUUGCAGGGAAAACACAACACAUCUCUUCAUCAGGCUCCACUGCGCCUUCAGACUCAAAUUUGCCUCCAGACCCUGCCCUGAAGGAGUGGAAACAAAUCCUUGACAUUCUCUGGAGUGAUCCAAGAAGCCAGAAAGGCUGCACACCAAACAAGUGUCGAGGAGGAGGUUGUUACUUUGGUCCUGAUGUCACUGCCAAGCUGUUUGAAAGGUAUAAUCUGAAGAUGCUCAUCAGGUCUCAUGAAUUUAAGCCGGAAGGUUAUGAGAUCAGUCACGAUGGGAAGGUGAUCACUAUAUUUUCUGCCUCUAACUAUUACGAAGAGGGGAGCAACCGGGGAGCGUACAUCAAACUGAAUCCUGAACUCAUUCCUCGGUUUGUGCAAUAUCAAGUCAGCAAGCACACACGCAGGCAGAAUCUUCGGCAGAGGGUGGGUACAAUUGAAUCAUCUGCCUUGAAGUCCUUACGAGAGAAGAUUUAUGCUCACAGGUCUGAACUCACUAGUGCUUUUGCACAAUAUGACCUCAACGGCACAGGCAGGAUUUCUGUCAAUGACUGGGCUGCAGCGAUGGAGUCUGUCCUACAGCUGGAACUGCCCUGGAGGAUGCUGCGGUCUCAGUUAGCACAGAUGAACCCAGAUGGAGAAGUUGACUUCAUGUCAUGUUUUUACGAUUUGAAAAUAGGUCAACCUGUAAAAGAGGUUCAGCCAGCUUUGGUGGAAACACUGUGCAGAUACAGAAAGGAUCUGGAGAUCAUCUUUAACGUCAUUGACAAAGAUCACUCAGGUCUGAUUUCUCUUGAGGAGUUCGGCCAGACGUGGAAACUCUUCACUUCUCACCUGGGCAUUGAUGUGUAUGACGACUCCCUUGACAAGUUAGUCCUCAGCAUAGACUACAACAAAGAUGGCCACAUCGACUUCAAUGAAUUUUUAGAGGCCUUUCACGUGGUUCAUAGACUAGAGAAAAAGGCAAACUCAUGAAAAGGCAGAACUUCUGGUGGGCUGUCUUAGAAGCUCACCUUCCUGUCACUAGUCAUAAGCAGUCUGGGAAACCAGUUUCCAGACUGAUAAACAAUAAACGCGCUGCUCGAUAUGGUAAGCAUUGCGGUCACUGCGUAAGCCUUUCCUUACUCCCUUCUGGAUGAUACAUACCUGCUAGUAAUGAGACAGAAGAGAUGAAAACCCACUACUGAUAGUAUUGCUGUGUCACUGCCACAUCAGGACCUUACAAUUUAUCCUCCCCCUUGGUGGCAUCUCCCCCAUCGAUCUCAUCUGUGAACACCGCCAAGGUCACACCUACAACCCCGUGGGAAGAGAAACUUUGGUAUGUUUCUUUCAGCAUUCCUUAGCAACAGCUGAGAAAUAGCGCCGAUGACCACAAGGAAGGCAUCACACCCUCCCUGGCAAUGUAACGGGCACGACAGAUGCCGCCUGUGGGCUAUCCAAUCCAGGAGAGGAAAAUAGGGGAGGAGAACCAUCUAGCUAAAAUAGGUAGUUCUGCAUUUACUCUUGCUCUUCGCAUCAUGCAGUCAAAUUAAGACAUUCCAGGUGACCAGCUGUCCUCCUUGAAGUUUACAGACACAACUUAAAGGAUGUUAGUUGAAAGGAGUUUACACUUGCACUAGAUUUCCUCUUGCCACGCGUUACUUUUCCCUACAUUUGUUGGGGCUGGGAGCUAAGAAAGAGUCAUAACUCGUCACCUUAAUGAAGGCUAAACCCAUAGCAUGUUAAUGUAACACAUGAUAGAUCACAAAAUAAAGCUUUAGC